AUGAAAAUUAUAGAAGUGGAUGUGCUAGCAGAAGUCGCAUGUUAUCACUGCUAUGGGAACUCUUUUGAACAGGGACAAUUCUGCUCAAUCGAUCAUUUGUGCCUAGGACAGUCAUGCGUUUUCUCCGUGCAAUCGAGCGGGGAAUGGGCAUCUGGCUGCACCAGUGAAGUGACUUCUACAAUUUUCGACUGCACCACGAGGGAUUCCGGUUCGGAAUUGAACUGCAAAUGCAUGUCCGAUCUCUGCAAUAAUUUCAAAGUCGCUAACGAGACCGUCGGCAGAUUCUUGGGAACAUGUACUGAUCGAAUGCCGUCUGUAUUCAGCAAGGAUACCACGCUGAUCUUACCGAGAUUGCUAGUGAAGUGCAUUGAGUGCGGCAACGUGAGCAUCGGCGGCCAUGCCUUCUCCAUCCCGUGUACUGAAGAGCAAAUCUGCCAAGGCGACUUCUGCGUAACUAAGAGGGGUUUGAAUCCGUAUUCGUACUGUGACACUACGUGGACAGGAACGAACGAGGUUGGUGAUCUUCUUUAUGAAACUUCUAGACGUGAACACACCCACUUACGACAUAGCAAAAUUUUUUUCUGUAUUCCUAAAGACUUCCUCGCAAUCGGUCACAUAUUUGUUAACGCAGAGCUUUCGCCAAACAGUAGUUGUGAGUUCGCGGUGUUUUGCAAUUUUUGCACUUCUGGCUUCCCCAUCCCAAAUCCGUCUCGUGCAAACAUCGUCUAA